AUGGGUUUUACACUGUAUCAGAUGUUUCUUGUUGGUCUUAUGUUAAUAACUGGCAGUAUAAGUACUUUAUUUAUAAAAUGGGCCGAUAUACAACAAGCACAUUUUUGUAAUGAAACUGGCGAAAUGGGAUUCUUUGAGCAUCCAUUCUUUCAAGCUGUUACAAUGUUUUUGGGCGAAAUUUUAUGUUUAUUAGCAUUUAAAUUUGUUUGGUAUUCCACUGCUCGAUAUCGUAUUGAUCAAAUGACAUAUAAAGGUGAUGCAUCAUCUGCACUUGUUCGUUUAUGGCCGAUAAAUAUCAAAAAAGGCAUACGUUUAGUUCAAGGUGAACAAGUAUUUAAUCCAUUAAUAUUUUGGGUAGCAUCUGUAUGCGAUAUACUUUCUACAUGUUUAUCUUACUUUGCAUUAAAUCUUAUAACUGCUGGUUUAUAUCGAAUGUUAAGAGGUUCGGUUAUGGUUUUUACGGCUAUAUUAAGUAUUGGAAUUGUUGCUGGUAGUCUUGCUGUUAUUGGUCUACUCGAUCUUUGUUUUGAUAAAACACCACACAAUAAGCUUAUAAAUGGUGAAAAACUUCUUGGUAUUGGUCUUAUACUUUUGGCAAUGAUGUUCACUAGUUUACAAGUAGUAUAUGAAGAACGUUAUAUUAAUAAAUAUAAUAUUCCACCAUUGCAAGCAGUUGGUUGGGAAGGAAUAUUUGGCUUUUUCACACUUGGUUUUCUUCUUAUUCCAUGUUAUUUUAUUCGCAUGCCAGGAUCAUUCACUGGACCAGAUCGACGUCUUGAAGACGUACCAUCAGCAUUUUGUCAAAUGUGGAAUAAUUAUAUAAUUAUUAUUGCAACAAUUGGAAAUGGUUUUUUGAUCGCAGUUUUUAGUUUUGCUGGUAUAUCUAUAACAAAAGAAUUAUCAUCAACAACACGUAUGGUAUUUAAUAAUGGUAGAAUAUUAAUUAUAUGGCUUGCCUCAUUAAUAUUAAAAUGGCAGAAAUUUUAUUUAUUAUCAAUUGGAGGUUAUGUUUUUUUAAUUAUUGGUGAGUUAAAAUUAUUUAUUUAUAAUGUUGAAUGGAAACGUUCAGAUCGUCGAUUCGUAAGUGGUGAAUCUAAUGAUCGCAAUGGAUUGUUACCGGGUUAUCACGGUAUCAAUGCAUAUACAGCCCUACCAGGAUCAUCAAGUGUUCCAUCAGGCGCAGUAGUUUAUAUUGCAUUAGAUAAAGAUACAUCUAAUGCUUAA